AGUUGCUUCAGGCAGCUGAGCUAUUCAGACCAUGGAGAAUAUCCUCUGUUUUCUGAACAGCUAUACUGAGACAGGGCUGAGCCCUGACUCACAUUGCUUGGAUAUUGACCCCAACUUCAUCUGCUUGAGUGGGUUGGGGUUGUUUAUACUGUACUUGUUCUAUGUGGUAUUGACCCUGUAUUCGUCACCCACCGAAAAAAAUAAUGACAUCCAAAAGCAUCAGGGCAGAGCCAGGAGGAGAAGGAAAGGUGGGACAUUUAAAGACCGGAAAAGUUUCCAGAGAGAAGUGGAAGAGGAAAGGAAGCUGCUUUCUAUUCUGAAAAGCUUUGGACCUCCUGCUUCCUGCAGUCCCCUGGGCCAGCAUCAUGAUACCACCCGCUUUCGUCAGCUGUUAUGCCCAGACCCCGUCUGUCAGGUGUGUAACAGAGCAACUGCUGACAUCCAGCGACUGCUGUCUUGGGAGUCCCUGAAAGAUGCUGCUCCCUCUGUGUCCCCUUUGGCUUCUUCAGCUUCUGCGACUGAGUCAUCGUUCACUCUGGCUUCCACCCCCUCAGCAACCCCUCCAGAAGAGCUAAUAUUGUCCCCUCGGCCUAAGCCCUCUCCACCACCCCCCUUAAUUCUCUCACCUGACCUGAUCACCACCUUAGCUGACUUAUUUUCACUCUCACCACUGAGGGACCCUCUGCCAUCACAGCCUAUUUCUCCCUUGGAUUCCAAGUUCCCCAUAGACCAUUCCCCACCCCAACAGCUUCCCUUUCCCCUUCUCCCACCACAUCACGUUGAGAGAGGGGAGCCCAGCCUCCAACCUGAGGCCAGUUUGUCUCUGAACACCAUCUUUUCAUUUGACUCCACCCUAUGCCAAGAUAUUUCCCAGGUCAUGAAUCCCACUGAUUCGUGUGCUCAUCAUCAUGGACCACCAAUCCCAUCUGCUUUACCACCGGAAGAUUGCACUGUGACUCAGUCUAAAUCAAGUCUCACCGUCUUGAAGACUUUUCCAGAGAUGUUAUCUGUAGGUGGCUCUGGUGGGUCAUCCACCUGUGCUCCAACAAUCAAAGGCAUUGACCAUUCACGCCCUGCAUCUUCAGAAUUCUCCUGGUGGCAGCCUCAUGACAAGGACUCUUUUUCCUCCAAUUUUGUGCCAUCUGAUUUCAUGGAGGAGCUUCUUACCCUUCAUUCUUCUGAGGCCUUUUUUGAGGGGCACUCUGUGGCCAACCUCAUAGAGCCUGUUAACAUCUCAUUUCUCAGCCAUGACAUUCUGGCACUCCUGGAGAGACAAGUCAAAAAAAGGGGUGAUUUCCUGAUGUGGAAAGAUAAUGGAAAGAAACCAGGAUCAUUCCCAAAACAACUUAGGCCAAACUACCAACUAAAUUCUUCACAGAAAAUGUUAGCCUCAAUUGCUGUUAAGCAUGACCUGGCAGAAUCCUUUCCUUUUUGGGCCAGUAAAGGCGAACUAGAACGGCAGCAAAUCCAUCAGCAGCCUCCAUACUCUAAGUGCUUUGAAGACCAUUUAGAGCAAAAAUAUGUCCAGCUCUUCUGGGGUCUCCCAUCUCUGCACAGCGAGUCUCUGCAUCCUACUGUUCUUGUCCAACAUGGCCAUUCCUCCGUGUUUGUAUUCUUCAAUGGCAUUACAAAUACAUCUAUAUCCCAUGAAUCCCCAGUACUUCCCCCUCCCCAACCUCUGUCCUUGCCUAGUACCCAACCUAUACCCUUGCCUCAAACCUUGCCCCUAGGUCAGUCCCCACAUCUCACUCAGGUGAAGUCCCAGGCUCAACCUCAAUCUCCACUCCCAGCCCUACUACCUAGUCCUCUAUUCCUGAUUAGGGUGUGUGGAGUGUGUUUUCAUAGACCCCAGAACGAGGCACGGUCUCUUUUGCCAUCUGAAAUUAACCAUCUGGAGUGGAACGUGUUGCAGAAAGUGCAGGAAAGUGUGUGGGGUUUACCCUCUGUGGUUCAAAAAUCCCAGGAAGACUUUUGUCCUCCAGCUCCCAAUCCUGUAUUGGUCAGAAAGUCCUUCAAGGUCCAUGUUCCCAUCUCCAUCAUUCCUGGAGAUUUUCCACUCAGCUCUGAGGUAAGGAAGAAACUGGAGCAACACAUUCGAAAGAGGCUCAUCCAGCGCAGAUGGGGCCUGCCCCGAAGAAUCCAUGAGUCUCUGUCAUUGCUACGUCCUCAGAGCAAAAUUUCAGAGCUAUUUGUGUCAGAGAUUAAUCAUGGACCUUUACAUAGCUCUUUGGUUGAGGGUCAGAGCCGCAAUAUUCUGCUGAAAUUCGGAUCAAGCACCCCUAGAAGCUUCCACGAGAGGAGGUCAAAUAUGCUUUCCCUGGAGAAUGUGGGGAAUUAUCAGAAAUACAGCCAGGAGAGUGCCCCAAAAGAUCACCUGUUGCAUGAUCCGGAGACAUCUUCAGACGAGGAUCUGAGGUCUAACUCUGAGAGAGACCUAGAAACUCAUAUGAUGCAUCUGUCAGGAAAUGAUUCAGGGGUGAGACUAGGUCAGAAACAACUGUCAAAUGCCCUGACAGUACAUUUGAACAAGAAAUUUGAGGAAAUCAAUGAGGGUCGGAUGCCUGGGACUGUGCAUAGUUCAUGGCACUCAGUCAAGCAGACAGUGUCUCUUGCUGAGAGAUCCCACAGCCAAAUAAAGCAUCGAAAUUUGGCAGCAUUGGUGAGUGAGGACCACUGUGUUGAUACUUCCCAGGAGAUUUCCUUCCUUAGUUCCAACAAACAAAAGAUGUUGGAAGCCCAUAUUAAAUCUUUCCAUAUGAGGAUGCUGUGGGGCCUUCCCCGCAAGGUCCUUGAAUCCAUAGAAAUCUUCAAAUCGAAAGAGGAUCUUUCCAAUUCCUUUUCCCAUUUCGACCUUCCCUCCUCAGCCACAUUCAUUUCUCAGGGAGAUUCCAAAGAUGGGGUCUGUAAGUCUCGUAGACGAAGCACUUUUCAAGGAGAAAAGUUGGGAACAACAAGCUCAGUCCCCAUCCUUGAUCGUCCUCACCCUGUCUCCUCACCUGUCUGCCAAGAAGGGCAGGGGACCCUGAGAAGACAAUUUUCUGAUACUGAUCAUGACCUUAUAGAGACAGAUUCCAAAGAUGGAGCCUCCACAUCCCUUAGAAGAGGCACUACAGAUUUUCAAAGCGAAAAAUUAGAAUCAACAAGCUCAUUCCCCAUCCUCGGUCAUUCUUACCUUGUCACUUCACCUGUCAACCAAGAAAAGCAGGAGACUCUGAGAAGAGCAUUCUCUGAUACUGACAAUGAUCUUACAGAAAGUGUCCGGACAACUGAGGAUGGCAGACAGACUUUUCUGCCCCCGCCACACAGCAUCGUAGACGAAGUCAGUCAGAAACAGACUGUACUGGCCAGUAGAUGCAGUGCAGAGCUUCCCAUAUUGCAAGCUGGAGCUGGCUGUGAGUCAUGGGAUAAGAGGAAGAGUUCCUUUGAUAAUGUAGACAGGCUUCAGGGCAGUAGAAAGACCUUUCCUGUCACCAAUGGGUUGAAGGAGAUGUUUAAGGAAGAGGAGAUCUGUGCUCUUCAAUCACAAACUAGGAACAACUUGACAACUAGCAAGUCGGGAAGCUGCUCACUGACAAAUGUGAAAGCAAGCACUUCCAAUGAAACUAAAAUUUUCCCACCAAGAAUAUCAGUUCCUCAAGAUCCUAAAUCAUCAUACCUUAAAAAUCAGAUGUUGAGCCAGUUAAAGUUGGCCCAGAGGAAGCAUAGCCAACCUCAGAGCCAUUUUACUGACGUGUCUUUUGCCUUAGAUAACUUGACUUCCAAGGACUUACUGACUAAUUCCCAGGGCAUGUCGAGUGGGAACAUGGGAACUUCCCAGGUGCUGCAUGUACACUUGGAGGACAGAGGAAUCCGUGUGGCACAGAAGCAGGAGCCCAGGGUCCCUACCUUUGUCUUACAGAAGUGUCAAGUUAAGAAUUUCCCACCAGCUAUAAAGAGACUGAGUCCUGUGAGACCCAAAGGAGGAGAGCUUGAUGGAGGGGAUGCAGGGUUGGGGACGUCCCAACGCAGGAGAAAGAGCCACACUGUUCAUAACAAGACGUCAGGGGAGGUGCUUGGGAGCAAAUCUUCCCCAACCUUGAAAACACAGCCUCCUCCUGAAAACCUUUUCAGAAAAUGGAUGAAGACCUUUUUGCAGCGGUUUAAUAAACCCAGCAUAUCAUAUGAAGAACAAGAAAGUUCCUGGGAAAAGGGUAGCUCCCUGUCAUCACCUGUGCAGAAUACUGGUCAAGUUACAAGAGCUGCCUUUACUGGGACUACUGAAGCUCAGAAAAUUAGGAAAAACACUAGGGAGUUCCUAGAAGAGAAGCUGGGGCAUAGGCAUGGGAUAGAUAUCACCUGUCCCCAAGAGCCCCUUUCCUUCCCAGUGGGGCUUGGGAAAGCUCAGCACAACCCAGAAGUGCAUGUCAGAGCAGAGCCUGUCCAGGGCUAUCCCUGCAACUACAUGGCUCCCUCCUGCAAAGUGACAUGUACCAAAUCUUGCAGCCAACAAGCUAUCUUUGUUGGCCAGAAUUAUCCUAGAAGGAUUAGACAGAUCAUAGACAAGGACAGACAGCCCCAGAAAGUUGAGGCAUUUAAGGAGAAGAUAUUGUGUCAAAGCCAUCCCCAAUCCAUGCCCCAGAGGAAGCCUGUGCCACAUCCAAACCCCACUUGCCAGUGUCAGGUCAGCCUGGUGUGUCCAGCCGUCCCAACCAGUGCUAAAAGCCGAGUGUUCAGUGAUGUGCCUUUACUAACUGGACAGAAAAUGCUUCUGAAGCAUUUCCAGGGAGGCAAAUUUCCCCCCACAGAAUAAUUAACUCCUUGUUGAGAAUCUUGAUUCUCCCCAAUAAAUGUUCUAAUAAGAAGGAUGUCUUUUCUGUGUGUUGUGGGGUAUAGGUUUUGGGUAACCGAAGCUAGUGUUUAGGGAAAGGCAGGGGUUAGCUCAGCUCUUACUGACUCCCUACUUUGACUUUUAAAAUGUCACAACCCCCUGGAGCUCUUGUGGAGGAAUGAGUAUCAUGUGCCUCCAAAAGCUCCUUCUCUCCCUGAUGAAGUCCGAGGAGAUGAGGUCUUUCCUACCUCUUUGCUUGAGACUUACUGAUAUUGUAUGGUGGCCUUCACCUUCCUCCCCAUUCACUGCUUCAUAUCCUUUAGAGCAGUAAGGAAGGCAGCCCUUCCAUAUCUGAAGACAGGGUGAAGGACAGGUAUAUUUUUUAGAAAUAGUGGUUUAAGCACUGUUUAAAAAAAGUUGUCACAGACCACAGUAUCUAUAGGUUGUUGGGCGUGUUUGGGAUAUUGCUGGUUGGGGUAGAGUGUCAGGAACACUGUGGAUGCUGCUUAAGAAUUUGACAAGCAGGGCAUGCUCAUGAUUUAGGGAGGCAUAUUUUGACCUCAACGUUGAGGUCUUUCUACUAAUAAGUCACUCUGGAGAAGUAGUUCCCCUCCCUGUGUAUUUCUCCAUGCUGCCUGGAUUGAUGACAUUUUUACAGAGCAAAAAGUUCACCUAGCUGUCUGUGGCAGGACUGUUGACCAGGCAACCACCUACCUCCUAGGGUAAAAUAUAGCUGAGAGUAAGGAAAAGAUGCCUUAGAAUGAAUGAGAAAGUAAGAAGCAAGUGAAGCUAGGAAAGGAUGACCAUGCUGGUGGAAAAAGGUUUAUGCCCCAUCAUGCCCAUAUCAUGACCCUUUCUCAAUCUAGAUCUAGGCACCACCCCCUUGAGGUUUACCAGGAUGCUGCAGAGGUUACAGAUGCCAUUUUGGCAGAAGUGUACAUGGGGCUGUUCUUUAAGGACUUAAACAGUAUCUGCAGGCUGUUGUGAACAUGGCAUCCCUCUCUUUAGGGAAGGUGAUCUUUGUGUCUUCUUUCUAGCCAUGUUGAUGGCAACAUGCAAGAUCUUCCCUUAGUGUACACAGUGCACCUAUCAGGAUGGAGGUGUCACCCAUGAUGUUCAUGGGCUUAGUGGAAUAUAAUAGAUAUUGUCUAGAAUACCUGCAGCUCAUGGUCCAGAGGUUAGUCCUGAACUACGCAUGAGGGCUACAGAUAUUUGGGGGCUUACUAUGAAUCUUUACAGAAUGCUCCUUAUUUCUAAGAGUGUGCACAUAUGCACCCUUAAAAUAUUAGGGGCCUGAAGAGAAGGCAAUUCCACUUAUACAGACUGGGACUAAUAAAUGAAGUGAAUUUUCUAGAGGGCACUUGAGGUAGGUUCUCCAGAAAAAUUUGUGAAUGCUUGGUGUC